CCCCCAUUCUCUCCCAUUGCCCAGGUAUCGGCUAAUCAGGCGGAGCCCAAGGGUGGCUAAGCCAAUGGCACGGAGGCUCGGGCCAGGCUCCGCGUCCGCCGGCCAGAUUGGCCGGGUGGAGCGUGAUUGGCAGGUCAGCCCCCGCCCCGCCCCCGCCCGGAGGGAGGCUGAGCCCCGGGCGGCGCUGUCCACACGCAGCGGGUCCUGAAAGCGGCUCCGGGGCGGCGCGGUGGCGCACUGUGCGCGCCGAGCAGGCGGAGGGCUAGCGGCGGCGGCGGCCAGCGAGGCCAGUGCAAGCAAGCAGCGGCUCGACCUCAGCCCCUCCAGUCCCGGCGGCCUUGGUAGCGGGGACCCUCCGCUCUCCUUUCCGUCCCUCGCCCCGCGCCUUGGGGAAGGAGGCGCGGCGGCCGUCCGGGAAGAGGCAGCUUGGAAGCCGGUGUAGCCGGGCCCCACAGACAGGACAGAAGGUGUCUCGUGGAGUUGGUUGGGCGUGAGGCAGAUUCCCCAAGCGCGCAGGAGCCCACCGCUGUCCCGCCCCGUUCCUGGGGCGGGCCAUGGGGGAGCCGAAGGGACCGUGCCAACUUUGAAGGCAGCGAGCCGAGUCCCAGGCGUGUGCGGGCGCCCCAGCUAGCUGCUGGGGACCCCGGCGUGCCGGGCCCCGGACGGAAGCGUCCUGGAGCUCGCCCCUGGACAUUGCGCGGCCGAGAGGAAGUUCUUCGCAACUUCGCCGGAGACGUCGGAGAGCCAGCCUGCGCCGCAGAAACUCGGAAAGCCGAGAGAGGACGGAUCUGGCGGAGACCGAGGGGUCGAGGAGGAAUCGGCCCGAGGCAGCGGCACCAGCCUGGCCGCGCGCCGACCUCGCUGCUCUCUGAGAAGGGCCGAGGGCUGGGCGUUGCAGCGGCCUCCCCCUGGCCAGGGGGCUCCUAGCCCUCCCGGAGCUGGGUUCCUACGCUAUGCCCCGGGAGCGGUGCACGCCUGGGCCGCAGCUACUCCGGGCCGGGCCGGGAGCCAUCGUUUGAGGCAGCCCGGGAGGGAGGCGAGGCGGAGUUGGGCGUCCACUCCCGGACGGACUGCGCUAGCGCGGGUCCCCGCCUGGGCGGGCAGCUCUCGGCGACCUCCGGCCGUGCGUUUUCCGAGUGCAGCUCUCACAGUGUCCGACCUGGUAGUGCGGCUCUUUCGCCGCCCUGGGCAGCCCCUUGGCGCCGGGAAGCGGCGGCGUGGGCCGGCCGGCAGUCUGGAGCGCCCCGAUGGAAAUACACUGUAAGCACGACCCGUUUGCAUCCAUGCAUAGACAUGGAGGAGUCAAUCAGCUUGGGGGGGUUUUUGUGAAUGGACGGCCACUUCCGGAUGUAGUCCGCCAAAGGAUAGUGGAACUUGCUCAUCAAGGUGUCAGGCCCUGCGACAUCUCCAGGCAGCUUCGGGUCAGCCAUGGUUGUGUCAGCAAGAUUCUUGGCAGGUAUUAUGAGACCGGAAGCAUCAAGCCUGGGGUAAUCGGAGGAUCCAAACCAAAGGUCGCCACGCCCAAAGUGGUGGAAAAAAUCGCCGAGUAUAAACGCCAAAAUCCCACCAUGUUUGCCUGGGAGAUCAGGGAUAGGCUGCUGGCAGAGCGAGUGUGUGACAAUGACACGGUACCCAGCGUGAGUUCCAUCAACAGGAUCAUCCGGACGAAAGUACAGCAGCCGCCCAAUCAGCCGGUCCCGGCUUCCAGUCACAGCAUAGUGUCCACGGGCUCUGUGACGCAGGUGUCGUCGGUGAGCACGGACUCGGCCGGCUCCUCCUACUCCAUCAGCGGCAUCCUCGGCAUCACGUCCCCCAGCGCUGACACCAACAAGCGCAAGAGAGAUGAAGGUAUUCAGGAGUCUCCGGUGCCGAACGGUCACUCGCUCCCGGGCAGAGAUUUCCUACGGAAGCAGAUGCGGGGAGACCUGUUCACACAGCAGCAGCUGGAGGUGCUGGACCGCGUGUUUGAGAGGCAGCACUAUUCAGACAUCUUCACCACUGCUGAGCCCAUCAAGCCGGAGCAGACCACAGAGUACUCCGCCAUGGCCUCACUGGCUGGAGGCCUGGACGACAUGAAGGCCAACCUGAGCAGUCCCACGCCUGCUGACCUCGGGAGCAGCGUGCCUGGCCCGCAGUCCUACCCCAUCGUGACAGGCCGCGACUUGGCGAGCACUACCCUCCCCGGCUACCCUCCUCACGUCCCCCCCGCUGGACAAGGCAGCUACUCAGCACCCACGCUGACAGGGAUGGUGCCUGGGAGUGAGUUUUCCGGGAGCCCCUACAGCCACCCUCAGUACUCCUCGUACAACGACUCCUGGAGGUUCCCCAACCCGGGACUGCUCGGCUCCCCAUACUAUUACAGCGCAGCCGCCCGAGGAGCUGCCCCGCCUACGGCUGCCACUGCCUAUGAUCGCCACUGACCCUCGGAGCCCGGGGGGCACCAAGCACUUCUGACACAUUUCAUUGCGGGCCAGAGCCUCCCAGCUCCCACCCAUGACAGCCAGAGGGGCCACGCAAGACGGUCCUGCAACAGCCCCCUCGCCUGAAGACCCCACCCUUCCCGUCCCCUCCCAGGGACUCCUGGGUCCCUGGACUUCAGGACACUUGUCUGCUUCCGCAAACUUCUCCCAACAGUGACUGGGGCUCAGCCAACUACCAAACUGUUCUAGAAACACCCGCAGCCCAGCACCCCUCCCCUGCUGUCUCGCUGUCUGUCUGUCCUUCCCCGUGGGGCCCUGGGUCUGGGCAGGCAGACAAGCCUGCUGCUGCUGCUGCUUCACCAGCCCCCGUGUAAAUACCCACUUGCUGUGCUGCAGGCCCAGGGACCGAGCGAACAGACCCGCCCAGCCCACGACUGCAUCCUGAACCCAGGACACCUUGAGCCUGUGCACAAAGCAGCCCAUCUGCCUUGGCUGCCCUGGUCUGGUGGGACCUGGAGCUGGCCCUGAGACUGUUGCUGCCCGCCUCCGUCCCAACAUCCUGCUCCUCCUUCUUUCCCUAAGGCC